AUGGCGCCUACCAAAGGCUCGUCGAAGGGUGGCUCCUCAGGUGGUGCCAAGGGCUCUAAGCCGUCUCUGUCGUCCGCCUCGCGUGUGAGCAAGUCCAGCAAGAAGAAUGUCAAGCGUCCCCCGCCAAAGGAAGUCAAGUCCAAGGCGCGCACCGAGAAGGAGAACCUGCAGAAGAAGAAGAAGCGAGUCUACACAGAGGCUGAGCUCAAUCUGCCCAAGUUAAAUACGAUCACACCGGUUGGUGUUGUAAAGCCCAAGGGCAAGAAGAAGGGAAAGACCUUUGUCGAUGAUGCGGAGGGUAUGAUGACGAUUCUUGCUAUGGUUAACGCUGAGAAGGAAGGACAAAUCGAGUCCAAGAUGAUGAAGGCACGUCAACUGGAGCAGAUUCGGGACGCCAGACAAAAGGAGAUGGAGGCUCGGCAGGCAGUGAAGAGCAAGAAGUUGGAGGCCGUCAAGGAUUCUAUUCGCAACGCGAAGAAGGGCAAGGGUGGUGAGGAGAAGUCGAGUGAAGCUUCGACAUCCAAGGGCGCGAAGUCAUCCAAGCCCAAGCGGAAAAGUGUUUCUUUUGCUUAA